GAACCACGCAAAUUAACGACGCUCGCCGUGCUCGAUAUUGGAAAUCGUUUGUCGCCGGUUGAAGACGCCGUUGAAUGCCCGCCGAUGGAGGAGCACAAAGAAGCGCACACGCCGAGAGGAAAAAAAUGGGAGCUAGAGGAACGGUUACAGGGAGGGAAUGCAUACGACGUCUUUCUGAUCCCUCGCGGGAAUCGGUCGCGAACCAGAGGGGGAAAAAACCGUCGUUCUUCUGGCUGGCGGACAGUAUCGGGUAUAUAAAAGCUCGGCGGACGAUCGGGCGCAGAUGUUGUUAGCAGCUUCUGAAAUCCAUCGAUUGCGUCGCGGGCCGAGCAGUCGUCGCGUGUGCCUCGAGGGAUGCCAUUUCGUGUGCCGUCAGUGUGACCGAUCAUCUGGCGACGAUGACCUCUCGCAGAGUUGUGCCUCGAUCACUGAUCCUGUGGCUGCUGGUUGUAGCGUGCUGCACCGGCGCCGACAAGCUGUCUCCGAAUCAGAAGGCGCCCCUGUUCGCGCGCGGUUCCGGCGGGUUGAUUCUGAACACACCGCUGGAGGACAAUAAGGCGAGGAAUCGGCCGAUACCGAGCGCUCCCAAGGAGGAUGGGGUCGAUAGAGAAGAAACGGAGAUGCUGAAGGAAGUGGACGGCCAGCUGGUGCGAACCGUCAAGGGGAGUUUCGCGUACAAAAGUCCGGAGGGUCUUCCCAUCUCCGUCAAGUACGAGGCCGACGAGAACGGAAACAGAGCGAGCUUCAAGUUUGGCACCGGCGGAGGAGGAGGAGGUGGUUCGGGUCGUGGAGGAGGCUCGAGGGGAGGAGACAACGGUCGUGGAAAGCCAAACGAGCAAGGACCGAAAGGAUCGAACGGGUCAAAGGGCAACUCGUACCUACCGCCGAAUAAGGACGUCGACAGAAGCUACCUUCCGCCGAAAUAGAACCUCUUCUCCCAAGAUACUCGUCAGUCUGAACCUCCGAGACAAUUCGAUUCGCUGAGAUGAUUGCGCAAUGAUUUCCCUUAGUUCCGUUGGCUGGCCAAAGUUCUUUAAAAGAUGUCGGAUAACAGUUGAUAGCACGGAAUCGUUCGUUCGUGCAGGGAACGGCUUAGUUGAUUAAUACGAGACGCAACGACUCGACGUGCGUUGUACGAAGUAGAAUAUAUUUUUUCACAGAUACCCGUGUUGAUUUAACAACCCAAGUAAACCGAAUGUUAUCUCUGUCGCGCUUAGGUUUUAUCGUUUUGUGGAUUCCACGGCUUCCGAGUGACAGUCGCGGGAGCAUAAAGAAUACCAAGGGAUCCGCGGAGAGAUGAAGCUUUGAGACUCUGCAUUAUAAAAAACGUUUAUUAUCACGAAAUCGGACAUUUUUAUAACACAACUGUUUCUCAGAAGAAUUAACCAACACUGCGUGUUCAUUAGUAUUCAGCUCUCGGAACCACGGUAAGUGGAGUAACCGAAUGGACUUAACAACACUGGUAUGUGAUAAUGUGCAGCAGGAUCCUUAACGUCGAAAACAAUUUCAAUGAACGGAUACAUCGUUUCUAUUCUUCUCAAUGUAAAGUAUUUGUCCACGUCGAAAUGAAUCUUGUAACGUCCAGCUGUGAAAUUAGCUUUCAUAUUGUCCACUAAGUCUAGGCAACGACCGUUUGGGAAAGUGUUACUGGAAAAGAGAACAAAAAAAAUUGUGUUCAAUAAUACCAUAAUUUCCUGUUGAAACGUAUUAACGUCAUACCUUUCAUUUAAAAACGUCCAUCGGCCAUCCAUGAGUUUGUACAAACUGACUUGCAAUCCUCCAACAGGCAGUCCUUUACUUGUAUCCACAACAUGCGUAGAAAUUCGAGGCUUCUUCGAU